AUGGCGUCUCUAACCCCGCAGCAACUCCCACAGCCAGCCCCCACCCGGACCGAAACCGCGACUCCAUCUACCGCGCAACAGACCCAGACACAACCACAAGCUAUUCUCCGUUUGCGGGGAGCUCGCGCACCAUCAUCUCGGAAAGUGAAAUGGCGGGAGGACGUGAUAGAUAAUGAAGGGCUGAACAAGAAGAAAUCAAAAGUAUGCUGUAUCUACCACCGCCCGCGGGACGUGGAUGAAUCUAGCGACGAAUCUUCCUCUUCCGACUCUUCCGAUUCCGACUCCGACUCCGACGGUGCGCGAAAAGGCCAUGAUGCCGAUGGGACCAGGCGAGGUCAUGACUGUGACGGGCACCACCACCACUACUCGCAUGGAAGGGCGAGGGACUCAGGAGGGCACCAAAGAAGGAAGCGGCAGCCGAGUCCGAACGCAUACGAAAAGAUGCCGCGGUACAAACCUAAAAAGGACGAGACUGGCGGCAAUGGUGGCAACGGGCAGGGUGGGCCGACACAGAAGAUCUGA